AUGGAACAAUUUCGCGUCCAACUGGGCAACCUCGUGCAAGGAGAGAAUCCCUCCGGUGGCCUUCGCAAUACCUGGCUCGAAGAAGAAGAGGAAGCAGCAUCGCCCCCUGUCCAACGCAGACUAUUUGGAGGAGCGACCACCCCCUCUCGAAAGCGACCAUCGAGUCUUCUCCAAGAGCUCCAGGCUGAAGAUGAGUCGGAGCACGAGGACGCUGGCAGAGUCCGAGGACAGGCGCGAGAGCAGUUCGAAAUGCCGUACAUCUUGGAAGACUGUUGGGAAGUGGCAGGAGAGAAGAUUCGUGUGUCGGUCCUCUACGCGAAUGGACAAGCUCUGCCUCUGCGAGAUACCGAUGUUGCCAAACUUCUUGGCAAAUUCCAUGAGGCAGUUAUCAAGGAGGGCAAGAUGAAUGUUACUCUUGCAAAGUCAAUGGGCAUGCUGGGGAUCCCAGCAGCAGCAAUCCUCCGCAUGGACCCCGCGGUGGUGUAUCUCACUGGCGAAGGGGCCAUCAAGGCAUUAGAUGCCUCUUCGACAUGCAGCAAGCUGGCUCAGCGAUCGGCUGUAAGGAAGCUGAUUAUAGAAGCCGUUGAAUUUUACGACAAGCACGGAUAUACACAGAUAUCGAAGCGCAUGCCAGCAUUAUUCCAAUUGUCCGGACUACCGAGCUUCGCCGAGUCGAAAACCUGCAACAUCAAGCUGACCACAAAUGGCCAGGCAAGUUUCAACGCUCCCAAUGAAAAGGGAGACGUCCCGGUCCAUCAAGUAGGACCACCAAGCGAGGGAGAGAACAAUGGCGAAAGCAGCGACGAUACCUCAGAUGACUAG